UGGAUGCUCACUUGUACUUUGUGAAGGCGGAAGCAGCCAAUCUGUUGGCAUCUUGUCCCGUGACAAACACAAGGCUUCGCACAUACAAAAGGAACGGUGAAAAUCACUCACACCCUGCCCUGUCUCACUCCGUUCUUUCAAGCUUCUAACUUCAGGUCCGUUCUUGCACACAAUGGCUCCUGCAAGUGAAGACGCGGAGAAUGGGGCAGUAGGUGCUGAGCGUCAGAGAUCUAUCGCGUUCGAAAAUGAUGGAUCCCUGGAUGAGUAUACCUCUUUAAACCGGUACAUCUCGACUUAUCGUGAUUCUCGCUAUGCAUCAUCAAGCCAUGAUGGAGCCAGUGACGUUGCACACGAUGAGUCUUCGAAGAAGCGUCGUUGGUUUACACCGUGGAGACGCAAGUCUGAUUCAGGAGACGAUGGAUUCAAAGUACCUGAUGAAUGGCUUCGGACUGAUCCGAAACUGGGUUUGAAUGCCCAUGAUAUUGAGCAGAGACGCAAAAAGACCGGCUGGAACGAAUUGACCGCCGAAAAGGAAAAUAUGUUCCUCAAGUUUCUCUCAUACUUCACUGGCCCUAUUCUCUAUGUUAUGGAAUUGGCGGUGUUCUUAGCAGCAGGCCUUCGCGACUGGGUUGACUUCGGAGUCAUCAUUGGGAUCCUCAUGCUCAAUGCGACUGUCGGCUGGUACCAAGAAAAGCAAGCUGCCGACGUCGUGGCCAGCCUCAAAGGGGAUAUUGCAAUGAGAGCACACGUAAUACGGGACGGAGUCGCGCAAGAAAUUCUCGCUAGGGAACUGGUUCCAGGAGACAUCGUUAUCCUCGAGGAAGGAUAUAUGGUUCCGGCCGACGUGCGUCUGAUAUCCGCUUAUGAUGAUCCGACGGGAUUCGAGAAAUAUCAAGAAAUGCAAAAUUCAGCGGCGUACGAUACGGAAGAGAAAGAUGUGCCUGAGAGCGGUGACGAGAACGAUCAUGGGCACCACACUGCUGAUGCCGUUUCCAUCGUGGCAGUCGAUCAAUCAGCGAUUACUGGGGAAUCCUUAGCUGUUGAUAAAUACAUGGGCGACGUCUGCUACUAUACGACUGGUUGCAAGCGGGGCAAGGCGUACGCCAUAGCCAUUACAAGUGCUCGAUCUUCCUUCGUGGGCAAGACUGCAGCGCUUGUCCAAAGUGCAAAGGACCAGGGACAUUUUAAAGCCAUUAUGAACCAAAUCGGAACAUCAUUGCUCGUGCUUGUGAUGUUCUGGAUCUUGGCCGCCUGGAUCGGCGGGUUCUAUCACCACCUCAAGAUUGCUACCCCGGAAAAGUCGUCUCAGAAUCUACUGCAUUUCGCCCUAAUAUUACUUAUCAUCGGAGUGCCCGUUGGACUUCCGGUUGUUACGACUACGACCUUGGCAGUUGGGGCAGCAUACCUCGCGAAGCAUAAAGCGAUUGUGCAGAAGUUGACUGCGAUAGAAAGUUUGGCGGGCGUGGAUGUUCUUUGCUCAGAUAAGACUGGCACCUUGACAGCGAACCAGCUUAGUGUGCGCGAACCAUAUGUAGCGGAAGGGGUGGACGUGAACUGGAUGAUGGCAGUCGCGGCCCUCGCGUCCUCACAUAAUAUUAAGAACCUGGACCCGAUUGAUAAAGUCACCAUUCUUACGCUCAAGCAGUAUCCAAAGGCAAGGGAAAUCUUGCAAAGAGGAUGGAAGACCGAGAAGUUCCGCCCGUUCGACCCAGUCUCCAAGAGAAUUACCUGCGAAUGCACUCUUGACGGAGUACACUACACGGCAGCUAAGGGAGCGCCGAAAGCGAUAUUAAGGCUAACCAAUAGCUCCGAGGCAGAAGCGAGGAUGUAUCAAGAUAAAGCUCGCGAAUUUGCACGACGCGGUUUUCGGUCUCUAGGGGUCGCUGUCCAGAAAGAAGGCGAAUCGUGGCAACUGCUUGGGAUGUAUCCGAUGUUCGAUCCUCCUCGUGAGGAUACUGCUCAUACUAUCGCCGAAGCUCAGAACCUGGGAAUCAGUGUGAAGAUGCUGACCGGAGAUGCAAUCGCCAUCGCAAAGGAAACAUGCAAGAUGCUGGCGUUAGGAACAAAGGUCUAUAAUUCCGAGAGACUGAUGCACGGAGGCCUGGCGGGCUCAGCACAGCACGACCUAGUAGAAAGGGCGGAUGGAUUUGCAGAAGUGUUUCCAGAACAUAAAUAUCAAGUGGUCGAAAUGCUUCAACGACGAGGCCAUCUAACCGCUAUGACUGGGGAUGGAGUGAAUGAUGCCCCAUCACUGAAGAAAGCAGAUUGCGGAAUCGCCGUCGAAGGAGCUACAGAGGCAGCUCAGGCAGCAGCAGAUAUCGUGCUUUUGGCACCGGGAUUAAGCACCAUUAUCGACGCGGUCAAGGUUGCACGACAGAUUUUUCAGCGGAUGAAGGCCUAUAUCCAAUAUCGUAUAGCGCUUUGCCUUCAUUUGGAGAUCUAUCUGGUUACUUCGAUGAUCAUCAUCGACGAGACUGUUGUCGUGGACCUGGUGGUAUUCCUGGCACUCUUCGCCGACCUUGCCACAAUCGCUGUUGCUUAUGAUAAGGCAUACUCUGACCUUCGACCGGUAGAAUGGCAAUUACCAAAAAUAUGGGUUGUCAGCAUCGUGUUAGGGAUCCUCCUUGCUCUCGGAACCUGGGUCAUUCGGGGAACGCUAUUCUUACCCAACGGUGGUAUCAUCCAGAAUUUUGGCUCCGUGCAAGAGAUUCUUUUCCUGGAAAUCUCCUUGACAGAAAACUGGCUGAUAUUCGUGACCCGUGGAGGAAAGACGUGGCCAUCAUGGCAGCUAGUUGGUGCUAUCCUGGGCGUGGAUGUCAUUGCGACGAUAUUCUGCCUAUUCGGCUGGUUAUCAGGUCCUGGAGAAGUCAGUGAUCCUGAUUCGCACGCAAAGUUCAGAGCGGACGGUUGGGUGGAUAUCGUGACAGUCGUCGUGAUUUGGGCAUAUUCGAUCGGUGUCACGAUCAUAAUUGCCAUGGUGUACUACGUUCUCACGGCCAUUCCUUGGUUGGAUAAUCUGGGUCGACAGAGCAGAAGCAAAUCAGACACGAAGAUCGAGAACAUCAUCGGGCACCUGUCGAAGCUUGCGAUCGAACACGAACUAGACCAUCAAGGUAAGGAUCGCUACCAUCUGACGACGAAGACUACGUUGGAGGAAGAUGAGGAGUGAUCGAAUCUGCCAAGGGUCGCGGUUAGCAUACAGUAUGAAAGAAGAAAAAAAGCCGAGGUACGGACCGGUUGAUAUGCGUCCAGGA